AUGCAUUGUAUCCACCAUCUGCCACUUCUUCUGGCUGGACUCUUGGCCCUUUCUCAUGGUCAGCUGCCCUCAGGUGACAAUAAAGGUUAUGGCAACAGUUCCCACCAGCAUGGGCAGGAGUCAGGGGAGGAUCCCAGCAGCCCUCAGGUUGCCCCCAGCAAUACCAACUUUGCCUUCCGCUUCUACCACCUGCUCACAUCUGAAAACCCCAGGAAGAACAUCUUCUUCUCCCCACUAAGCAUCUCGACUGCCUAUGCCAUGUUGUCACUGGGGGCUGGCGGGCACAGCCAGACCCAUCUCAAUGGCCUAGGCUUCAACCUCACCGAGCUGUCCAUACUUGACAUCCACCGGGGCUUCCAGCAUCUGUUGCGUGUGCUCAGCCUCCAAGACCAUGGGUUGGAAGUGCACUUGGGCAACACACUGCUCUUGAGUGAUGACCUGGAGCUCCUUCCGGGGUUCCUCAAUAGCACCAUGACCUUCUAUGACCCCAAACUCUUCCGACCUGACUUCUCAGACACUGUGGGCACAACCAAGCUCAUUAACGACCAUGUCAAGAAGGAAACUCGAGGGAAGAUCACAGAUUUGGUCAGCGAGCUGACCCCGGAUGUCAAGAUGAUAGUAGUGAAUUAUAUCUACUUCAAAGGUCUGUGGAAGAAACCCUUCCAUCUCUCCAGGACUACUGCCGGUGACUUCUAUGUAGAUGAGAGCACAACGGUGAAGGUUCCUAUGAUGGUGCAGAGUUUCCAGCACCACUGGUAUCUUCAAGACAGACAUGUGCCCUGCUCAGUACUUCGGCUGGAUUACCAAGGCGAUGCAGUGGCAUUUUUCAUUCUUCCUGACCGAGGCAAGAUGGCGCAGGUGGAGGAGGUGUUGACUCCACAGAUGUUGGCAAGGUGGAAUCACUUGCUCCAGAAUAAGUAUUUUUACAGAAGUGUAGAGAUCCACUUCCCCAGGUUCUCCAUUUCGGGCUCCUAUGCAUUGGAUCAGAUUCUGCCCAAGCUGGGCUUCCAGGACCUGUUCUCUCAGCAGGCUAACUUCUCUGGCAUCACCACACAGAGGAAACUGCAGGUGUCCAAAAGUUUCCACAAGGCCACCUUGGAUGUGAAUGAAGUUGGCACCGAGGCAACAGCCGUCACCAGCUCUUUUCUGACUUUUCUUUCCGCCCCACGCAGUCAUCUAGUUGUUCGGUUCAACCGACCUUUCCUUUUGACAAUCUUUUCUCCCAGCACCCAGAGUGUCUUGUUUUGGGGCAAGGUGGUCGACCCUACGGCACCAUAG